GAGUCAUGCAUGCAUCUAGCUCGCAUUGAUCGUGCAAGUGCAUACAUUACUUUUGGGUGAAUCGAGUGCAUACAUUAUUAUUUGCUUCAAAUAAUAACAAAAAUUAACCAAAAAAUCUCUCAUCUUAAAUCAAGACCACGUCGUUGCACGCUUUCGCUUGAUAAUCAAGAGGCAUUCCAGGUUUAAUACUCAGUGGAAUUACCCAUGCUCAUUUAUCAGAUAUUAAGAUUUAUAUUUCAUUUUAUUAGGUCAGGGGUCUCCUUUGUAACAGGGAAAAAAAAAAAAAAAGGCCAGCUACCACUUCCUUCUCCAUUCCGCCAGUUAUAUAUAUCCAAUUACUAUCCACUGAACAUUAGUAUAGAAAUCCUCCUGCAGCUCCUUAUCACUUUCUCAAUUACCAAGUUGCUUACGCAGAACUAUUAUUCAUUCCCAAAACCAGAACGUGAAAAUUCGCCAACAUGGGUAGCUUGAAAUCUGAGGAGGCACUUGAGAGCAACUGCACGAACCCACUCAACCCAGACGAGCUUAGGCGCCAAGGCCACAUGAUCAUCGACUUCCUUGCUGAUUACGACAAGACCAUCGAGGACCAUCCGGUAUGUAGUCAGGUCGAACCAGGCUACCUCUCGGACGCCCUACCUAGGUCCCCCCCAUACAUGCCCGAGCCACUUGAGAGAAUUGUCGAUGAUAUUCGCAAGCACAUUGUUCCUGGAUUGACUCACUGGCAGAGCCCGAACUUCUUCGGCUACUACCAGAGUAAUGCCAGCACCGCGGGCAUUUUGGGGGAGAUACUGUGCAGCGGUUUCGGUGUGGUUGGCUUCAGCUGGGUCUCGUCCCCAGCAGCCACCGAGCUCGAGAGCCUCGUGAUGGAGUGGCUAGGGGAAAUGCUGAAACUCCCGAGGCCGUUCUUGUUCUCCGGAGGUGGUGGAGGUGUCAUUCAUGGAAACACCUGCGAGGCCAUCAUUUGCACCCUAGCCGCGGCUCGAGACAAAAUGCUGCGAGAGAGUGGGGAGAAAAACAUCACCAAGUUGGUUGUUUAUUGUUCGGACCAAACGCAUUGCGCCUUCAAAAAGGCUGCGCAAGUUGUGGGCAUAAACGCACGAAAUAUUAGAGCGAUCAACACAACCAAGGUGACGGAAUUCGGAAUGUGCCCGAGCUCUUUGAAGCAGGCUAUUGCGACGGAUAUUAAAGAGGGGCUUGUGCCGCUGUACCUUUGUGCAACCGUCGGGACAACCUCGACCUCUGCCGUCGACCCGGUCAAGGAGCUGUGCAGGGUUGCAGAGGAGCACAAUGUGUGGGUCCACGUUGAUGCUGCAUACGCCGGUGCAGCGUGCAUAUGCCCAGAGUACAGGGGUCUAAUCGAUGGGGUUGAGUUGGCGAACUCGUUUAGCUUCAAUGCCCACAAGUGGUUCCUCACUGGGCUAGACUGCUGCUGCCUUUGGGUCAAAGACUCAGCUGCCCUCAGGCAGGCCCUAUCAUCUCAGGCUGAGUACCUCAGAAACAAGCCCUCCGAGUCGAAGAAGGUCAUCAACUACAAAGACUGGCAGAUUUCCCUUAGCAGGAGGUUCAGGGCUCUCAAGCUGUGGCUCGUCCUGCGGAGCCACGGCGUGGCCAACCUCAGGAAAUACAUCCUCAGCCAUGUGAGGCUCGCAAAGCUCUUCGAGGAGCUAGUGGGGGAGGAUGACCGCUUUGAGGUCGUGUGCAAGAGGAACUUCGCUCUAGUCUGCUUCCGAAUCUCACCAUCUGUGCUCAGCAAGCAAGGACUGUCGACCGGGUACUUAUCUGGUGAUGCCUCCAUUGAUAACGAUAAUAUUAAAGAUGAGCACACUGUCAAAGAACCGGUAACUACUACUUCUAAUAUAAACGAUGUGAAUAAGAGGUUGCUGGAAGAGAUCAAUGGGACGGGUCAGGUUUUCAUGACGCAUGCAGUGGUAGGUGGGGUGUACGCGAUAAGGUUCGCGGUAGGUGCGACCCUCGUCCAGGAGAGGCACGUGCGCUUGGCUUGGAAGCUCGUACAAGGCCAUGCAGAUGCUAUAUUAAGGGAUCGUCCUUGAUUUUGAAUUCUAAUAAAAAUUGCAAUUUUUCCAUUCUUGAAAAACUUGCAGUUGCAUGCAUGCAUUAAUAUUUGACGGUACGUGAGGAAGGGGGUGUAGUGCAGUGACUAACACCCUCACUUGUUAACCUAGAGAUUCCAGGUUCGAUUCUCAUCAGUAAGACUACCCGUGCUUCUUUAUUUAAAUUUUCUUUUCAUUUCCUUGUACUAAGCCAUGAGCUUCCUAUUGUAACAAAAAAAAUAUUUGACAGUACGUAUAAAUAAGGCUGUCUCGCUUAUUAAUAAAUUAUUAUUAUGAUA